CCGAAGUCCAUCGAGGCCGCGACACGGGACGCAGCGAGCGGGGCCGCGUCCUGCGCCAUGAUCCCGUGGCUCCUCCUGGCCCUGAGCGUCUGCGCCCGGCCCGGCACAGGGCUCCCACCGCGCCACAUGGACUCCGUGGUUCAGAUCGUGGAAGCCCUCGAGUCGACCGACCACGGCUUCACGGGCACCGUGCCGGAGCUGGCGCGGGCACUGGGUGCCUGCAGCACCCCGGGGUGCCGCGCGCUGCUGGGAGAGCCACCCGAUGCCCCACCAGCCCCACCGACGCUCAGCCACGAGCAGUGGUUGCUCUUCACCCAACUCCUCCGCCCCGACGCCGCCGCACCCGAGCGCGGCGCGGUGCUGGCACCCGACGGCUCCACCGUCGCCCUCGGCCCCCUCCUCGCUGGCAUCGAGGUUGGCCUCAAGCGGGCGGCGGGGGGGCCCCUUCCCACCGUCGGGCCACCCAUCGACGCGCUCUACGCCGUCACCGUCGCUGAGGGUUUGGGGACAUCUUUCCUCUUGGCUCGUGGCGGUGAUGGCAACCGAGACACGUUGGGACCCGGCGGCUGUUGGGAUGAUGUGGAUGACCCCCAAAACUACACCCUGAUGGGACCCCCCUCACCCAUCCCUGACGCCGUUGCCAACGGGGCGAUGGAUGGGGUGCUGUUGGGUGCCCGCCUGGCCCAAGCACCCAUCCCGCUCGCCGACCUUCUCCGGGGCUACUACGGGACGGGCAACGGCACAGAGGAGGGGCGACCACCCAGCAGUUAUCGGCGGCGAGACUUUGGGGCGCUGACGGGGCCGGGGAAGCUGGAGGAGGAGGUGGCGGCGAUGCUGAGGGUGCUGCGGGUGCUGCCACCCACCCGGGAGCUCUUGGAGGACGUGGGGCCGGAGGAGGUGGCGGCCAUCGCUCAUCGAGCGGCGCGGGACUUCACGGAGGUCUACGUGGAGUGCCCGGCCAUCGUGCCCCGGUGCAUGUGGGGUGCCCGUCCUUACCGGGGCACCCCCAGACCGUUGACCCUCCCCUUGGCCUCCGUCUACAUCCACCACACCUCCACGCCCAGCGCCCCGUGCCGCACCUUCGCCGCCUGCGCCCGCGACAUGCGCGCCAUGCAGCGCUUCCACCAGGACACCCGCGGUUGGGAUGACAUCGGCUACAGCUUCGUGGUGGGGUCGGACGGGUACCUGUACCAAGGCCGAGGUUGGCACUGGGUUGGGGCCCACACCAAAGGCUACAACAGCAAAGGUUACGGCGUGGGCUACAUUGGAGACUUCUCGGCCGCCUUGCCGGAUCCCGAUACCAUCGCCCUGGUGCGGGAUGAGCUCCUGCCCUGCGCCGUACGGACCGGCCGGCUUCACCGCAACUACACCCUACGUGGUCACCGCCAAAUGGGUCACACCGACUGCCCCGGCAACUCCCUUUUCCGUGAGAUUGAGACAUGGCGCGGCUUCAAGUGAGGACCGGCCCCGUGGGUGCUGGUCUGGAUGGGUGCAGGCAAGGUUGGAUCAUGGUCUAAAUGGAUGGUGGCCCAAUGGGUGAUGGUCUGGAUGGACCCUGGUCCAACCGAUGUUGGCCCGAUGGGUGCCAGCCUGGAUGGACAUUGGUCCAGAUGGACAUCGGUCCAGAUGGACACCAGCCUGACGGACACCAGCCUGACGGACACCAGCCUGGGUAGACCCUGGUUUAGAUGGACCCCGGUCCGACAGAUGCCAGCCCAGAUGGACCCUGGUCCAACAGAUGCCACCACAGACCGAUGGAUCGAACCUGGUCCAGGCAGACACCAACCCGAUGGAUGCCCACCCUGAUGGACACUGGCCCAGAAGAACCCCAGCCUUGAAGGCUACCAGCCCAGACAGACCCCGGCCCUGCCCCACUGGCCCAGAAGACCAUCCCCGUACCCACAAUAAAGUCAGUACCAGGCAA